GAAACGCCAAGUGCCUUUAAAAGCGAAGAAUUCUCAUUUUACGAUGAAGGGGAAACACAAAUCAUUAGCAGUCGGAGCAAAAAGUGCCGCAAUAGGACUAGGAAGAUCAUGGAGACUUUUGUUUUUCUAUUUCCUCAAUUGAAUUUUUCUGCCCUGAAGGAGGAAGCAUAUUUCAAAAUACUCGGUCCGAAGGAUCUACCAGUCGCCACAAUGCAAGAUAACAGAUCUAGGAAAGACGGCAAGGACAAGAAAAGCAGAAUAACCCGCCUACUCACGAAGUCGGGUUCUCACGAAAAUGUCAGCCCUGAAAAAAAGACAACCACAAAGAACAGCGAUGUUUCUCCCGAAGCAGCUUUAAAAUGGGGUGAAUCCUUUGAAGAACUACUGAAACAUUCAGAUGGAGUGGAAAUGUUCACCGAGUUCCUGAGGUCGGAAUUUAGCGAAGAGAACAUCGAGUUCUGGUUGGCAUGCAAUGACUACAAGAGUACUCGUUCUGAUAGCAAACGUCUCAACAAAGCCAAGACGAUAUACGCUUUAUACAUCGAGGCAGAUGCCCCAAAAGAGAUAAACAUUGACCACCCGACGAAGGUGACCAUCCAGCAAAACAUCCGCUGUCCCACGGUGUCGUGCUUCGACGCCGCACAGAGUAAAGUGUACAGCCUAAUGAAGAAGGACUCUUACUCCAGGUUUCUUCAGUCUAACAUCUACCUGCGAGUCAUCAAGGGGAAGAGACCCGGUAUCACUAUGUACAGGCGCCGGUCUCGGUCCUGCGUCUUCAACGAUCAUGGUGAAGCCACCAGCAACACUGAUGUGUGGUUAUAGCCAUUCACAGAUGCGUCGUUCGUCAUCUUAACGAAAUUUUCCGAAAUAUCCACUGUUGUCAUGACUUAAUAUUUUAUAGGAGCAUAUAAGCUUUGUAGUUAUCUAUUAAUACGUGCACGUGUCACGAAAACUACAACAAUAUAUUAAUCUUGCAAUAAUUAACACUGCUUGAAUUGAAUAAAUUAUUUUAAGUAACCUAUCAGCACAUUAGUCAUGAAACUCUUUUGAUUUGUACAUUAUAUUUAUUCUAUGAGUAAUUCUGAUGACUACACAUAUGUUUAUAUCUUUGCCUGGAUGCUUUACAACCUGGAAUAAAAUGCAGAAGAACAACAGAAA